AUGGACGAGCACAAGGUUUUCCGCGAAGACAGCUUCUUGCGGGCUGUUGCUGCGCUGCAGCACGCGGCGGAGCAGCAGCAGCAGCAGCAGCAGCAGCAGCAGCGCCGCAGGCGCAGGAACCGCAACGGCAUUCAGAAAAUCCUGCUCAUGUGCGAAAUGAGGAACUACACGCCCGUCAUUGUCUUCUGCUUCUCCAAGCGCGAGUGCGAGGCCAACGCACAGGCCCUCAUCGGCAGCAGCAGCAGCAGCAGCAGCAGCAGCAACGGCAGCAGCAGCAACGACACCUUCAGCCUCACCAGCGAAGAGGAACGCAAGUUCAUCGCGGAAAUCUUCCAAAACGCCGUCAACACCCUCGACGAGGAAGACAGACAACUCCCCCAGAUCAAGUCUAUCCUGCCGCUGCUGCUGCGAGGCAUUGGCAUUCACCACGGGGGUCUGCUGCCUUUUGUGAGGGAAUUAAUUGAAAUUCUUUUUCAGGAGUCGCUGAUUCGGGUGCUGUUCAGCACUGAGACCUUCAGCAUGGGAGUCAACAUGCCCGCUAAGACUGUUGUCUUCACCGCAAUUCGCAAAUGGGACGGAGAGGCCUACAGACUCAUCAACGGCGGAGAGUACAUCCAAAUGGCCGGCAGGGCGGGACGGAGGGGCCUCGAUGACAGAGGCAUUGCGAUAAUAAUGUUUGACGAGCAGGUGGACCCGGAGGAGGCGAAGGGUUUGUUCAUGGGAGGCGCAGCUCCUUUGAUUUCAACUUUCCACUUGGGAUUUAAUAUGCUUUUGAAUUUAUUUCGAAUUGAAGAUGCAGAUCCAGUUUACAUGAUUUCCCGCAGCUUUGCAAAUUUCCAGCAGCACGGGCGCUCUUUGAAGCUGCAGCAGGAGCUGCAGCAGCUGCAGCAGCAGCUGCGAGCAGCAACAGACAUUCGCUCUCUUGUGACUCUUCCUGAAGGCGAAAAAGAGCCGGACUUCGACGUGGAAGAAGCAAUAAGCAGCUUCUACGGGCGGAAGCACGAGCUGCUGCAGCAGGGGCGGCUGCUGCGGUCCAUUGCGAUGCAGCCGCAGCAGCUCGCGCGCUUUCUGCAGCCGGGGCGGCUUGUGGGGCUGCUGGAGGACGACGGCACUGAGUGGGGCUGGGCCACUUGCGUGCAAAAGCUUCAAAAGCGAAAAGUUCCCUCCACAAAUGCCCACGAAGGACCCACUGAACAGCUGCUGGUCCACUGCCUCGUUAGCUGCGACCCUCUCUCUGUGCAGCCCCUCGAGCCCAAGGGGGCCCCCGGGGGCCCCCCAGCAAAGGGGGCCCCUGGGGGCCCCCCCGAGAAGGGGGCCCCUGGGGGGGCCCCCGCACCCAUUCGGCCCCACAAGCCCCGCCCGGCGCCUCCUGUGGGGGAAGAGGGCAAAGACUACGUGCUGGAGGUGGUGCCGUUCAGCGUGUCUUGCGUGGCGCGAGUCAGCAAAUGCAAAAUGUCGCUGCCAGCAGGAGGAGAUGUGGAUUCUGCAGAUGCUCGAAGAAGCAUUAAUUUCCAGCUGCAGAUAAUUCAGGAAAAAUUCAAAGACUGCGGCGGCUUGCCGUUGCUGGAUCCCGUGGUGGACAUGAAAGUGGACCAUCCGCAGCUGGCGGAGCUGGUGAGCCGGAUGGCAGCUUCUGAAGCAGCUCUUAAAGAAAACCCUUUCAAUGGCCAUCCGCUUUGCGCCCUUUACUACGCAGCGCAGCACAAACGCAUGCAAAUGCAGACAAGACUGCGGGAGAUUCAGGCGGAGCUCGAAAUGCAGAAAAAGACCGCCAUUAAGAAAACAUAUUAA